ACUGGCUAUCAGUGAACAUUGACAAAAGAAACCGUCUUCGAAAACUCGUUGCUUGCGUAACUGAUAAGCCACAAAACUAUUUAAGAGCACUCAUACAUCAAGAGUCAUCAUUUCUCAAGCUGCUCGACAUUGAUGCAUACCACAGUUGAUCACGACUUUUCGAAAUCAAUUAUAUUACAUGCAAGUUCAUUCCGAGAUUGAAUUGAAAGUAAUACAUUGACGUUUAACUUCCAACCUUAUCUUCACUUAAAGUCUCCAUGAUGUUGGACGUCAGUGCGACAACCUCCAUGAAUCCAGGUCCACAGUACUUGAGCCAGACGAUUGCGUCGUAUUUCCUACUCGUCACCGUCGUCAUCCUCGUCACCCGGGUAUGGCUAACAGAAUCAUCUAUGAAGAUGAGGGCUAAGUCGAGCGGGGAUGAAGCCAAACCUCUUCCAGGUCCAUGGGGGAUCCCUGUGCUUGGUAAUAUGCUGUCUCUUGGUCGUUCCGCACCCCACCUCUCGCUGACGGCUCUCGCGAAGAAGUUCGGCUCCAUCUUUCAGAUUCGGCUCGGCAGUCGCCCGGUGCUCGUUUUGAAUGGUUACGAGGCCAUCCAAAAGGCGCUCAUCAAACAGGCCGUGGUAUUCUCUGGACGUCCCGAUCUCUACACUUUUGAGCUAAUCAAAUCUGGUGUCAAAAGUGGGACAUCGUUGUCUUUCGGGAACUAUGGCGAAUCAUGGAAAUUGCAUCGAAAACUCGCUGAAUCCUCACUCCGUCAUUUCACCGCUGGUAGUCAGGUGAAGUUCGUUGAAUCGGUAGUUUCGACCGAGGCUUCAGAACUCGUACAGUAUUUCAAAUCUAUCGCAUGCGACAACAACAACAAUAAUAACAACGCAAAUGGUGACCAAUGCAAACCACGUCCAGAUAAUGUUGUCGAUAUCAGAAACGUUCUCCGACUUGCUGUCAGUAAUGUCAUGUGCUGGUUCAUGUUCAGCAAAAGACACACUUAUGAGGACGAAGCCCUGCUGAACCUACUUAAUAUUUCCGACCGUUUCACAGCCGCUACGGGAAGCGGCAACCCCGUCGAUUUCAUGCCGUGGCUCCGUGUCUUUUUCAGGAAAUCAACCAACGAAUUUAAAUCCUUGCUGACCGAGUUCCGUGCAUUCGUUGGUGGGAAUCUUCUCGAAGUGCAUACCGCAGAAUACGAGGACGGUUCCGAGCGCGACAUCCUCGACCAUCUCGUCACGUCAGGACGACGUUACAACGAAAAUAAUAACAAGAAAGCUGGCAUUAAUGACGUAAUGCUGCGCGAAACUUGUUUUGACUAUUUCGGCGCUGGGUUUGAGACCGUUUCAACAACGCUCGAAUGGUGCUUACUCUACAUGGCUGCACAUCCAGAUACCCAGCGUAAAGUCCAGGAGGAGAUUGACACGAUGGUGGGCCAAGAUCGACUGCCGACGCUCGAAGACCGCGAAAAGCUCCCAUUCACGCAAUCCUGCCUCCUAGAAAUAUUGCGUCACGCGACUCCCGUCCCGUUUGCCAUCCCUCAUAGCACCACCUCCGAUACCGUGCUCGACGGGUACUUCGUUGCUAAGGAUACCGUCGUCUUCGUCAACCUCUAUUCAGCUCACGUUGACCCCCAGGUAUGGAAUGAACCUCAAGUCUUCAAUGCCAGUCGUUUCCUGACCUCCGAUGGCGCCAUCGACCAGGAGAUGAAGAAACAUGUGAUUCCGUUCAGCGUCGGACGCAGACGAUGCAUCGGAUCGGAUUUGGCGCGAAUCGAACUCUUUUUCUUCUUCACCAUCUUCCUCCAAAAUUUCUCUAUCGAGCAUUCCAAAGACGGUGAAGUGAGCAUGGAGGCGACAGACGGACUAGCCAGACGACCCAAAGACUUGAAUAUCAAUUUGAUCUCCAGGAAAUAGACUACAUACCUUUCUUAAUCUGUUAUUGUCACUACCGAAGGGACAUCAUUAAGGUAACUAAAUCAUAUUAAUGAUAUUAUUUGCGUUAUUCCAUAGUGAGCUUGAUGAAACACUGGAGCGAGGACUGAAUAGGCAAUAAAUGGGGUCUAUCUUUCUCUUUCAGACAAACACAUACCAUUAAUUUUUUUUUAUUGGAAAUAGGAAAAAAAUGACCCGUUCAAUUAUGCAACAGUCGGACGCGACAUGAUGUCACAAUCAUUUGAAACGUUAUUUCCUUAUAUAAUUAUGUGUCUGUUUAGAAUGUGAUUUCUCCAGCAAAUAAAUUGAUCAAAAAUGUGAGUUAUUAUCGAAACCAAAGAUAUUUUGUUCAUUACAAUGCAAGAGAGAAAAGGCUCGUCAGUCGUAUGAUAUGGGUGAAAUGUUAUCGACCAUAUCUUAUAUCGUUUAUGUAUUUCAUAUACUUCAUUCUUGUGUUCAGUUGAUAGUCCUACUGGAGCUUAGAGCAGACAAAAUAUGAAGUAAAAUAACAGAUUUGAUGGGUUUUUUUUUCUUCAUAAGUCACGAUACUUAAUAACCUAUAAUGUUACCCAAUACCUAAGGAUUCAUUCAGUGUAAAUGUCUUUCAUUCAGUAUUUAUUCAUAUCAAGUACUUUUCGUAUUAUAUCACUGACUAAGUAUAAAUUGAUUUUCUACCAUCAGUCAGUGUCGAUUACCUCAAACUACGGUUGUUUAUCUUGCGGAAAAAAGUACUUAAGUACUUGAGGCCAGUACUUAAGUGCGUCAUAAUAAACAAUUAAUGAAAUACAUAUCACAUCAACUUUUUCAUUAUCUAUAGUUCUGUAAAUUUGAAGAUUAAAUUAGCAAGGACCUAGCAAGUUGUUGAAUGUACAUGUAUAAUGGCCUAUGAACAGAUUGUAGGUCUCACUUAGCUUUUACCAAAGAUAUUUCUAUAUACUUAUAACGUACAUUGUAUUUAGUUGUCUUAUUUUAUAUGAAGGAUAAGUUUAUCAAUUCUUAUGUUUAAUUAUUUGUAAAUGUAUGUCCUAACCAAUACACCACUCGCUACGAUUGUUACAGCAGAAAUAUUUUCAUAUUCCUUUCUAGCCUAUGUGGAUCUUUUAUUUCUUCUUUCAAAUCAACUGUGCAAAAUUAUGAUUCACCCUAGGCGAAUUGUAUUUGUUUUUGACAGUUAGAUAAGCCGCAGGGUAGUUUAAUCUGAUUAAGAUGAAGAACAUCGGUUUCGAUCAAUUAUGUUUUAUAUGUGGGGAUGCAAUGUUGUAUAAAUGUUUUUUUUUUAAAUAACGUUCAUAGAGUAUUCUUUGAGCAGGAACAAAAACAUAUACUCGUUUCUUCUUAGUUUGCCUAAGGAAAUCAAUGAAUACAUUUAUGUAAGGACAGUAUUUAUAGUUGUACAUGUCGGAAUUCACUAAUGUCUAUGCAGUUAUGAUUGAGGCAAAAUGGUCCCUGUUCAAGAAAUAAUUCAAUAGAAAAAAGCACGCGCAUGAACCAAACAGUAUUUCGUUUUAUACUUGGGAAUGAACGAAAAUAAUUGUUACGACGGGUAUAAUACCGAUAUAGACCUAACUUCAUGUUAUCUCCCAAUUUAUUUACAUGGCGAAUACCGUCUUAUUUUAAUAUUUUGUUUAUACAUAUUCUGAUCUGAUUUGAUUUUUUUUUUAAAUUAGCUAAUUUUGGAAAGCACAUGGAAAUAUGUCCCUUUUACUAAUCAUCAACAUUCCGUGAAUAAUUAUUCAGUGAUUGGUGUUUAUGUACAUGGUUAUGUUUGUUAUAAAUAUGAAUUAUAGUUUGAAUAUCGAA